CUCUCUCUCUCUCUCUUACUCUUAAAUUUUAGGUCUCUAUCUCGUCUAGGUUCUCUCCGUUCAAAAGAACGCAAUUGUGGCGUGGUGUGGUGUGGUGUGGUGGGACGCAGGCACUCUUGCUUCUCUGCGGAUUUGCCCCAAACCCUUCAAUCCCAUCUCCUUCUCCCCCCCCCCCCGUCUCUCUCUCUCUGUAAUUGAGCUCUGUCGCUUAUCAUAAGCUUGGUUGCGGAUCUUGUGAGCUUGAUUGGGGCAUGAGGUUCAAUGAAAGAAAUGACUCAAUCUUGGGUAGAUAUUCCAAAUUUACCAUCAACACCUGCAUCGCCUUCUAAUUCACCACCAGUUUUUGCUCAAUAUCAACCCAAUUCUUGCACAAGGCAAAGUGCGAGUAAUGUCUUUCAGUUGUUAACAUUGAGGGAAAUUUCUCCUCGCAUAAAAAGAUCAUCAAAAAGGCUUUGGGGCGAAGCUGCUAGAAAGAAUCACGAUUGCUCUAAAAGAAGAUGUGAAGUAUUGGAUGCAAAGCGUGGUCUUGUUUCUUGGGUAGAGACGGAGUCCCUGCGGCAUUUUUCGGCCAAGUACUGCCCUCUUACGCCUCCUCCCAGGUCAACUAUUGCUGCUGCCUUCAGUCCAGAUGGGAAAACUCUUGCCUCCACACACGGUGACCACACUGUCAAAAUAAUUGAUUGUCAAACUGGAAGCUGCUUAAAGGUCUUGAGUGGUCAUCGUAGAACUCCUUGGGUGGUGAGGUUCCAUCCUGGGGAUUCAGAGAUACUUGCUAGUGGGAGUUUGGAUCAUGAAGUUCGCUUAUGGGAUGCCAAUACUGCUGAGUGCAUAGGAUCAAGAGAUUUCUAUCGUCCAAUUGCCUCUAUUGCUUUUCAUGCUCAAGGCGAGUUGCUUGCUGUAGCUUCAGGUCACAAGCUGUACAUAUGGCAAUAUAACAGACGAGGAGAUGCAUCUUCACCGACCUCUGUGCUACGUACAAAUCGAUCUUUGAGGGCUGUGCAUUUUCACCCACAUGCUGCUCCGUUUCUUUUAACUGCUGAGCAGGUUACUGAUAUUAACGCUCCAGAUUCUUCAAUGACCCUUGCAACAUCACGAGGUUAUUUGCAGUACCCUCCUCCAGCUGUAUUCUUCGCGAAUAUGCGCUCUGGUUCAGGGUUAAAUAGUGAAGCAAUUAGAGAUAAUCAAGUGCCACUCUUCCCUUACCCCUGCUUCUUUUGCCCUGCUGCUUUUGUGAGAGACAAUGAGAGAAAUUCUCCACAGCCUGAUAAUAUGGUCGUGGAUACAAAUUCUGAGCAAGAAAUAACAGAAUCUUCUCCAUCUCCACACCUUACUACUGACCUAAAUGCAGGGAACCAAGAUGAUUCUUUGUCAGCAUCUACAAAUAUGCGCCAGCAAGUGCCUCUUAGCUCGAAUGUUGCAUUGGAUAAUGUGACAGCCAAUGGUUUUUUGAGUGAAGCAGAGGUCUAUGGGCAAGCAGGAGACAUGUUUGACCGAAGAAACUCUCCUAGUACUGCAGAGAGUGUAGAUGAUGCUAGAUCAUCCCUUAUUGUUCGGUCCAUUGAUCGGCAAUUUGCUGAUGGUAUGCGUGCCACAGAUGACACGACUUUCAUGGAACGCACAAAUAUUCAAAUGCUGUUAAGAAGUGUAGCUCUUGGGCAACUUCAUCAGUUUUUGCCUCUUGGUGAUCCAACUUGUUGGGAGCUCCCUUUUAUACAAGGGUGGUUGAUGGGGCAGACACAUGCUGGGUUUUUACCAGUCAAUGACAGGUCUCAAGAAAACACAAUUGUAAGUCGGGGAAGCCCUGAUGCCUGGGCAUCUGAUCCACAGGCAACUGCGAACAUGGACGCUUUGUUGAUUGCCUCCGCAAUAGCUGCGAAUGCUAGUCACUCAAGAUCCUCAGGAAGAUCUGGUUCGCGUCAUCGUUCACGUUCUCGAUCGAUGGCACCUAUAGUUCCUGGUGCUGGGGCUACCUUUAUGAAUGUAGGUGGUGAAGAGAGCAUUCCUCAAUCUGGUGCUGGUUCAAUGGAUGCAGAACUUGCUGCUGCGCCACCAUCAGGUGCUGCCACCGCAGCGGCUGCAGAGUCACCUUGCACUGUGAAGUUACGGCUAUGGCACCAUGAUGUUCAAGAUCCUUGUAAAAAGCUUGUUGAAGGCAGGUGCUGCCUAACCGUGCCUCAUGCUGUCCUUUGUAGUGAAAUGGGAGCACACUUUUCACCGUGUGGGCGCUUUUUAGCUGCUUGUGUUGCAUGUGUGCUUCCUCACAUGGAACUGGAUCCUGGAUUGCAGUCGCAGGUGCAUCAUGACCUCGGUGGAUCUGCAUCUUCCCCAACGCGGCAUCCGGUUUCAGCCCACCAAGUUGUUUAUGAGCUACGUAUAUAUUCCCUUGAGCAGGCCACUUUUGGUUUAGUGCUUGCAUCAAGGGCAAUAAGAGCAGCUCAUUGCCUCACCUCGAUUCAGUUUUCUCCCACCUCAGAACACAUACUAUUGGCAUAUGGACGUCGCCAUAAUUCCCUUCUUAGAAGCAUUGUUGUGGAUGGCGCGACCACAGUACCUAUUUACACAAUACUGGAGGUUUAUAAAGUUUCGAAUAUGGAGCUUGUGAGAGUUCUUCCGAGCGCAGAAGAUGAAGUCAAUGUGGCAUGUUUUCAUCCUUUGGCUGGAGGUGGUCUUGUAUAUGGCACUAAGGAAGGAAAGCUUAGAAUCCUUCAAUAUGAUGGUUCUCACAACACAAAUUCCAUGAGCCCCUAUUAUUUGGAGGAAAAUGUGAUUGAGGUACAGACAUAUGCAAUGGAGUGCUAAGUUGAUUGAUUUGUCUCCAUCGGGGUGGAGCACCCAUGUGAUGGUUGUAUGCUCUCUCUCUGCAGACCAUCCCUGUAGAAAAACAUUGUAUGUUUUAGGCCCACCCUCUUGCUCAUGUAGGGUAACCUUGUGUAUGUUAAUGUAACUUGUUCAAUUUGAGGAUUGGCGAGGUUUACAAAGAUAAAUUUGGUUUAGCAAACGAGCGAGAAGGUGAGAUCCGGCAAGGUCAAAUGGCUUGUGCGACGAAUUCAUCGCGCCAUUUGAAAGUUCCCCACCAGAUAUCUUAUUGUUCCAUGCUUGAGUUUUGAUCUGUAAUAUUGUCUCGUUUGUUCCUGUAGUGAAAAUAAUUGGACGAUUCCUCGACUC